AAUCGCGGAUCGAGCAUUAUUGUUAAAUAUGGCGGUCGUUCAAAGAAAAAGGGACGGUGGGCCAAACUUAAAAUUUUAUGAAUCCUCGGAAACGAUCGCGCUGUUUGACGCUGUUAGGCAAUGGCUCCACAAAAACUGCAAAAAGUACACGCAAGCCGAACCACCUACGAACAAGGGGUUGUCAAGCUUGGUCAUUCAACUGAUUCAGUUUCAAGAAGACGCGUUCGGGAGAAGUGUGAGCAAACCGCCGCUGACACGGCUCCCGAUGAAAUGCUUUAUGGACUUUAAGCCUGGAGGUGCACUUUGCCACAUCUUCGCUGCUGUCUACAAAUUCAAGAGCGAGCAGGGAUGGCGCAGGUUUGACUUCCAGUCCCCGUCACGCAUGGACCGCAAUGUGGAGAUGUUCAUGACAGUGGAGAAGACCCUGGUGCAGAACAAGUGCUUGUCUCUGCCUCACAUUUACAUAUCCUCCGAGGUGGAGAAGCAGUUGGUGCCGCGCCUGAAGGACAUCAUCAAAAGGCACCAGGGCACUAUUGCCGAGUCUCCAGAUGAUGCCACCCACAUAGUCUACCCACCCGUGCCCACGACGGAUACCUCUGAAGAAUACGUGCGCUUGGUGAUGAAGCGGGAUCGGAGUGCUCUCAUCCACUGGUGGUAUUUUCCCGACAGCUUUGACACCUGGGUGUCUGGCCUGGACAUUGACAUGGAACCUGACUCACCUCAGACCCACACUGGACCAUAUGAGGUCAAUGCCAAAUGGCUCGUCGAUUUGGAUGAGUACAACGAAUGGAUGAAUGAGGAAGAUUAUGAGGUCGAGACAGAUGCUAUGGGCCGCAGGCGGUCUCCCAGGGGAAAGUACACUUUGGAUGAGCUGCUCUCAGGAGAAGGAGAGAAACGCGACCGAAAAGGCAUCAAGAAACGAAAGAGGUCUCCGUCCCCUCCCCUGGACAAGCGGAAGCGCAAGGGAGGGCGCAGCCCGGCCAUGGGUAAAAAACGCUCAUUCCGCGACGACGAAUCUGACGACCUGACUAAAGACAUGGAGGAGCCCUCCCCCGAGCCCAGUCUUCAGGAGGUCUCCAUUCCCCGAAGCAACCCAAAUCAACGAAGCAGCAAGGACAGUGAGCUGCAGCCAGUCAAAGGAGGUACCCUCAUAGACCUGGAUGGGGCUGACAUGGAUGACAAGGGUGACAGAGACAAGGGCUCCCGACCAGGCAGCCCGAAUGGUGUGGGCAAGAGCGAGAAAGCUGAAGCUCACGAUGACAACGUCACCGAGCAGGCAAACCACAUCAUCAUCCCCAGCUAUGCAGCCUGGUUUGACUACAACAGUAUUCAUGCAAUUGAAAGGCGUGCCCUGCCAGAGUUUUUCAAUGCCAAGAACAAGUCCAAGACUCCUGAAGUCUACAUUGCGUACCGCAACUUCAUGAUCGAUACAUACCGGCUCAACCCAACGGAGUACCUGACAGUCACUGCAUGCCGGAGGAAUCUGGCGGGAGAUGUUUGUGCCAUCAUGAGGGUUCAUGCAUUCCUGGAGCAGUGGGGUCUGGUGAACUACCAGGUGGAUGCAGAGAGCCGCCCAAGCCCCAUGGGUCCCCCAUCAACAUCGCACUUCCAUGUGCUGGCUGACACCCCCUCGGGACUGCAGCCACUCAACCCUCCCAGGACUCAGCAGCCUUCAGCAGCGCAGCAGAUGCUGAACCUGGAUAAGGCCAAGGAGGAGGGUGGCCCCGGCAAGGACGAAGGAGGGGGCAUCCCGGCCCGUGGAGGCUCUGCGAAUGCCACAACGACCAUCGGCGGCGACGCUCUGGGCCUUAAGAUGGACCAGUAUGCCAAGAAGCAGGCGUACCUCCGUCACAAAGCGGCUGCAACUGUGUCGCGCGAGUGGACCGAGCAGGAGACCCUGCUGCUGUUGGAAGCCUUGGAGAUGUAUCGCGAGGACUGGAACAAGGUGUGUGAGCAUGUGGGCAGUCGUACCCAGGACGAGUGCAUCCUGCACUUCCUCAGGCUGCCCAUUGAGGACCCCUACCUGGACGACCCCGCCGCGGGAGGAGGUGCCCUGGGACCCUUGGCUUUCCAGCCGAUUCCUUUCUCCAAGGCGGGCAACCCCAUCAUGUCCACUGUAGCCUUCCUGGCGUCAGUGGUUGACCCUCGGGUGGCCUCUUCGGCAGCCAAGGCAGCAAUGGAGGAAUUUGCCAAGAUCAAGGAUGAGGUUCCCUCGGCUCUUCUGGAUGCACACAUCAAGAAUGUCGAGACUGCAGCAGCAGAGGGCAAUCUCAACCCUAAGGCAGGCCUGGGCAUGACAGGCAUCGCAGGCACGGGUGAUAAGGAGCCACAGGAGAGCACGGCCGAGCAGUCUACUGGAGAGGAGUCAGAAAAGGCAGAAGAAGGCAAGGAAGGAACAGAGCCCUCGCUCUCUGCAGCUGAGGUCAAGCUGGAAAAGCCUAGCAGCUCUGAGGAAAACUCCUCUGCCUCGGCUGAAGGUGCCCCGACUGCUGCCAGCAGCACUGGUGCUGCGGCCACGCCCGCCGGAGGAGGGGAACCCGAGGACAAAGCGAAAGCAGCCAAGCUUGGUGAGGAGCCUUCCAAGGAGAGCCCCGAUGCGCCGGACCAGGAGUCCAUGGAAGAGCCCAAAGCACCCGAGACGGACCGCGACCGUCUUGUCAAAGAUGCACAACUUUCCACGGCAGCUGCAGCUGCUCUGGGUGCAGCGGCUGUCAAGGCAAAGCACCUGGCAGCUGUGGAAGAGCGCAAGAUCAAGUCCCUUGUGGCGCUUCUGGUUGAAACGCAAAUGAAGAAGCUGGAGAUUAAGCUACGACACUUCGAGGAACUGGAAGCUAUUAUGGAUCGUGAGAGGGAAACGCUGGAGUACCAGCGGCAGCAGCUGAUCCAGGAGCGGCAGCAGUUCCACCUUGAGCAGUUGCGAGCAGCUGAGUUCCGGGCUCGACAGCAAGCACACGCCAUGAUGAUGGCUCAGCAGGGUGGUGCUACAGCGCAGCCCACGGCAGCCCCUGCACCCCCGGGGGCUCCACCCGCAGCUCCACCACCUACAGCAGCAGGAGGAGGGGGCCCCACGCCAGACGGAGGAGGAGACCCAGGUCAGCACCCACCGCGAACUGGCAGUGGCCCUCCCCUACCUUCCCCGCACCCACAGCAGCAGUCGCAGCAGCAGCAGUUACCGCCACAGCAGCAGCGUAGCCCUUACUACCCAGGCUACGGGUCUACUCCACCUCCAGUGGGCGGGCCCCGACCAUACCCGCCCACUGGGGGUGGGCCCCCGGGCGGUUACGGGGCUGCUCCUUACCCACAGCCCAGUGGUGAGCAGGCAUUCCGAGUACCCCUUGGCAGCAGCCCCCAGCCAGGGGGAGCGGGUGGUGUGCGAAGUCCCGGCUUGAUGCACCCGUCUGCAGUACCUCCUCCCACCUCUCCCAUGGGGCAGCAGCUCCCCUCAGCUGGAGCGCCACCCAUGCCCUCCAUGAAUGGGGGCCCAGUGGUUCCCCCCGGCACUCCGUCCCCCAUGGAGCAAGGGACCCCUCCACAGCAGCCACAGCCACCGUCGCACAGCCAGUGUCCACCUGGCGCGGCUUCGAGCCCAGGUUCUGGAAACGUGCCUGUUCCUCCCUCAGCCGAAUGCGAGCCCCCAGCUGCGAGUGGAGACCCAGGAGCUGGCUCGAGUGCUCCAACUCCCCCUGGACUCUGAAUUUCUCCACACGACAAGAACCUCUGCAGCUCAUCUGCUACAGUCACAAGACUUUCCCAAUGGCUGUUCAUUCAGAUUGUGUCAUCCUCAUCGCCUGUACAUUACUUGGACAUUGUCUCUUGCUUACUCAUGGCCCCAUUAACUAUUGGCAUCUCUGCUUCUGUUCUGUUCAGAGUAUGACUUUUUUUUUUUUUCUCCACAAGGUGUGUUAGCAUUCGUAAUUUCUGCUGCUUGCCUGAUGGCAGUGUGAAAAUUUGCUCAUCACAUCGCCACGGUCCCAGCUCGGUGCUCGCUUCCGAGAGCGGUUGUCUGCGACGCUCUUGUGCGAGGUUAUUGGGAGCAUAGUCUUCGAGUUCUUUUCCACUCAGAUUCCUGAAGGAAUAGCUCAAAGUUGCAUCGAGGAGAGAUGCCGUUAUCAUUUUUUUUUUAGAGGGAAGUCAUCCUGCACCUGCACUCUCAUACACCAUCCCAUCAAAUAAAGAAUUUGUCCCAUUGUC